GGUUAAAUGGGGAAGUAGCCACAGUGAGAGUAGAAUGUGCAGCUGAGAUCACAAGUGUCAUGGGUUACUAAAAACAAACAGGAUGUCCACAUUAGAAACGCUGUGAACAGCAGGGUUGUGCCCACAGCAAAGAGGUCUGUGGCGAAGGCUAUGCCAAAAUGGAUAUUGAGUUUGAUUACAAUGCAGAAUUAGACUAUCCCGACUAUGACAAUUACUCUACUGACAAUCAAACAGCGGGGGAAGAGCAUUCCAUGAAAUCCCAAUCGACCUGCUUCACAGAGGCAGCUUGUAUCACCCUUGUGGUGAUCAAUGGCGUUAUUUUUGUCUUUGGUGUCCUUGGAAACGGAAUAGUGAUUUGGAUCGCCGGCCUCAAGAUGAAGAAAACCAUCAACACCACCUGGUACCUGAGCCUGGCAGUGUCUGACUUCCUUGUCUGCGCAAUCCACCCCUUCAACAUCGCUCACCUGGCUCUGCAGGACUGGGUGUUUGGCCUCUUCCUGUGCAAGUUCACCUCCUUCAUGAUGUUCGUCAACAUGUUCAGCAGCAUCUUCCUGCUGCUCUUCAUCAGUGUGGACCGCUGCGUUGCCGUGGUGUUCCCCGUGUGGGCCCAGAACCACCGGACCGUCCGAACCGCGUCCGUCGCCGUCCUUCUGGCCUGGCUGCUCUCGGUGGUUCUCAGCAUUCCCUCCAUCAUAUUCCGGAAUGUCAAGCACCAUAUGGGCAAGAGCCACUGCUUCAACAACUACGGGGCCGACCCACACAGCCACGCCGCCAUCGCCGUCAGCCGCUUUGUCUCUGGCUUCGUUGUGCCUUUCGUCGUCAUCAUCGUCUGCUACUCCGUAAUCACCCUCAGACUCAUGGGCAGCCUGAUCAAGAGGUCGUCCAAGCCCCUGAAGGUCAUGACGGCGCUCAUCGUCACCUUCUUCAUCUGCUGGCUGCCCUACCAUGUCUUCAUCCUGCUGGAGCUCCACCACGGGGCCCACGUCCAGCAGCACCUUGUGCACGGGCUGCAGUUUGGCACGCUGCUCGCACUAGCCAACAGCUGCCUCAACCCCGUGCUCUACGUCUUCAUGGGCAACGACUUCCGGAGGAAGUUCAGGAGCUCUCUGCUGUCCAAAAUGGAGAACGCCAUGGGAGAGGACGCUCGCACCACCAGUCGCUUCCUGUCACGCUCCAGCUCAGUGGACACAAGGGCUUCCACUCAUAUCUAAACAUCUGCAGGUUCCCUUUUCUCUCUGCUGCUCAUAAUAAACAUUUUCAUGAACAGAUGACAAUCUAGACUGUCAGUAGAUGUCCACAAGGUUCCCUAUUUGCACUUCUCUUUGUACUUUCACUUCCACUGAGAUUCUUGCCAGGUCUUGUCAUUUCAUGUCUUAUCAGAAAUUUGUUCAGCUGAAGAAAAUUUUGAGCCAUCCAAGUGUUGAUUUGUUCUAUACACUGACAUAGAGAUUCAAGGGGACCAUAGUCUUUUGGUGACAGAGCUAAGUGAAUUUGUGUGUCAUCUGCAUAGCUAUGAUAUGAAAUCAAAUUAUUUUGGAUGAUUUGUCCAAGUGGGAGCAUAUAGAGGUUGAAUAAUAGUGGCCCCAAGAUCGACCCCUGGGGUACACCACAGGUCAAGGAUGUUGGUGUUGAGGUACAGUUGCCGAUGGCAACAAAGAAGCUCCUCUCUUGUAGAUAUGAUUUGAGCCAGUUUAGAACUAUGCCUGUAAAUCCAACCCAGUGUUCUAGUCUGUGUAGUAAAAUAUUGUGAUCAACAGUGUCAAAUGCUGCGCUAAGGUAGCCUGGGUUUUCCCAUACUGCCUUGCGCGGUCAUUUCAAUCCCGCUGCUAAGCCAGUCUGGAAACUAACGCCCAAAUGUUCGCCUGAUGUUGGCGAACCAAUCACAGAACAUCCGAGAAGUUUCCGUUGCCUUCUUGCGUCUACAUUCGACGCCAAAGGAUUUACGGCAGCCCUUAGCGUUGCAUACGAACGAGUUGGGUAUUUGAUAGACAUCCGUGGCGCCCAAUGAACGGAUCUGGGCAUUUUUUCAAAUACGAGAAAAUGAACGUCUGGUUGCCAGACCACGUCUCAUUUGAGAAGUGGUAGGCGUUAGCCAGGCUAGCGCUAAGGUCCAGUAGCACUAGGACUGAUGUUUUACCAGAAUCUGUGUUGAGACGUAUAUCAUUGAAAACCUUAAUGAGAGCUGUUUCAGUGCUAUGAUUUGCCCGAAAACCAGACUGAAAGUAAUCAAAAUACCCAUUUGAUGUUAGGAAGGUGGUUAGUUGAUUAAAGACUACUUUUUCAAUAAUUUUGCCAAUAAACGGUAGAUUGGAUAUGGGCCUGUAAUUGUUUAACAUGGAGGCAUCCAGGUUAUUCUUCUUGAGCAGUGGCUUUACAACAGAUGUUUUUAGUGACAUAGGAAAAGUGCCAGACAGCAGUUAUGUAUUUACAAUGUGAAGGACAUCCGAGGCUAUAAGGUGAAAAACAGAAAUGUGUAGGCAGAGUGUCUAAGCCACAUGUGGUGGAGCUGAGAUUCUGUACUGUUUUUUCAAGUGUUUCAUGGUCUAUCAAGUUGAACUCUGACAUCAAGUUAAGCUUCCCUCUAUUUGUAGCUGGAAGUUCCAGGUGUUGAAUUUGUAUUGUAGUAGAUAUGUUGAGUCGAAUUUUGUCAAUUUUACCUUUAAAAAAAGAUGAAAACUCAUUGCAUUUAUUAGUUGAGAGAAGUUUGUGUGCUAAUUGUGGGGGAGGAUUUGUUAACUUAUCGACAGUGGAAAAUAAAACACGAGUGUUAUUUGAACUCCUACUGAUGAUGUUAGAAAAGAAAGAUUGUCUUGCUUUGCAUAUUUCAGAGUUAUAUGUGCGGAGCAUGUCUUUUUGGAUGUCAUAGUGGAUCUAAAGUUUGUAUUUACGCCAUUUUCUUUCAGUCUUCCUACACUAUCUUUUUAGGAGUUUAACCUCUGGAUUUUGCUUCCAUGGUUCUUUCUGUUUGUCCUUAAUUUUCUUGGAUUUUAAGGGAGCAAUGCCAUCUAUAAUGUUUGCCAUUUUUGCAUUAAAGUGAUCCAAUAAGUCUU